AUAUGGCACUAAAGUGUCUAACUUUACACGCUCAUAACUAAAGUUAAGACUUGCAUUUUUGGAUUCUACACAUCAAAAACUAUAGAUUAAAAAAAAGGUCCAAAAUUUUGGGUCCAGUAAAGUACAGUUUACCCGCCAAUGCAAUUAUUAUACUGACUGUGCUAUUUGCAUGUAGACUUGUAUAGACCUAAUUUUAUCUAAGGGUAUCUGAGACCCCCUGAAAUCAUAACCCCACGAGGAUAAAGGCAUGUCAAUCUUUAUGUAUCUGUAGUCACUGUCUGUAGUGUGCGUCAUAUUUACGUUUCACUGCACCAGUAAACUACUGUGAUUAAUAUUUUUACAACGAAAUUGUUCCUUGCGGAGAGCAUUUUCAAAUUAAAGUCAUGUGUACCAUGGAAGGUGAUCUUGUAAAUGAUAGCAUUAUACAUAGUAAUGAUGUUGGAGAUGCGUUCGGAUGUUCCAGAAAUACUGUCAGUCCACUUGUGGGUCCCUUACAAAUAGCACCCACAGAACGUUAUGACACACAUUACAACAUGAAUCAUGCUAAACGUGGACUAGCUAUGAUUUUUAAUCAUGAAUUUUUCACUGUUACACAUCUUAAACCGAGAUGUGGAACAAAUGUGGAUUGUGAUAAUCUUGUUAAUACAUUGAAAAGUCUUGGUUUUGAAGUAAAUGAUUUUCAUAAUUCAACUCAUAGAGAUAUAGUGAAAAAUUUAGAAAGAGUUUCUGGUAUGGAUCACUCUCAACACGACUGUCUAAUUGUAGCUGUUUUAAGCCAUGGAGAAUUAGGAUUACUUUACGCUCAUGAUACUCCUUAUAAGCCUGAUUCCAUUUGGGCUCAUUUUACAGCUGAUAAAUGUCCUACACUUGCUGGAAAACCAAAGUUAUUUUUUAUACAAGCCUGCCAAGGAGAUAGAUUAGAUAGUGGUGUAACAUUAAAGGAACGUACAGAAACUGACGGUCAACCAGCUUCAACAUUCCGUAUACCAAGUCAAGCUGACUUUUUAAUUGCUUAUUCAACAAUACCAGGUUACUAUUCAUGGAGAAAUACCACUCGCGGCUCAUGGUUCAUGCAAGCAUUAUGCAUGGAAUUACGUGAAAACGGUACUCGCUACGAUUUAUUAACUUUGCUGACUUUUGUUUGUCAAAGAGUCGCUCUUGAUUUUGAGUCAAAUACUCCGGACAAUAUUACUAUGCAUCAACAGAAACAAAUUCCAUGCAUUACCUCGAUGUUAACUCGUUUAGUGAAAUUUACACCUCCAAAAAAUGGAAUUGUAUAGCUGUUUUAUAUACAAAAGAAUUUAUAAAGUGCAAUACAGAUUGCACAGUGUGUAUCUGUAUGGUACAAGUCACACCAUUGUUGGAAGUUAUAUUCUAAUAUGUUACCUGUACAAUUUCUAUUUGGUGUGACUGAAAAUGUAUUGCAUUUAAAUGAUAGCAUUUAUUUUACACAAACUGCCAUUAUAUUAUGCAACAUUUGCACUACAAGAUAAUAUAUUAUAGCAAUACUACUUAUUAGAUUUUAUGCUGCAUACAACUUUUAUACUAAGCUAAGAAGAAGUCUUACAAGUCAUAUAUGUUUUGUAAGGUUUAUACCUGUACUAGAAAUUUAUAAUGAUCAAAUUUUUAAAUGUAACUCUUAAUUAUUUUUAAAUGAUUAGAAAGCUGCAUAGAAUGAGUGUAAUAGUGGUCAUAUAACAUUAUAUUAUGAUAAUAUUCAACACAUUACAAAUAAGAUACAGAGUAAGUACAAAUGAAAAGUAAAGUUAAGAAAAAAAAGAACAUUAUAAAUAUAGUAAAAUUGAUUGCCUUUGUGAUUGCUGCUUUAUGAACAAAAUUUUAUAAGUAAUUUGUAUACUAUCUAUGCAAUUUCAAUAUCAUAUUUAAAAAAAUGGUAUUUUUUCAUUAUUGUGAUGCAAGCAACGUAAGACGAAUUAUCUACUUAAUGACUACUACAUUGUACAAAGUCAGAAGGACAAAACUUGUGUCUUUUUGCAACAAGCAAUAGUCGUUUUAUAUAAAAAAAAAAAAACUAAAAUAUUUUCAACUUA